AUGCAGGUAAGAUUUAGUUACUUUGUAAAAACUUGCACAUUUGUACAAAAUUAACAUAUUUUUAAAAUUUUUAUCUUUUUGUUAAGGAUUAUAAUGUUGACUAUCCUCAAAUUACUUUUUAGAAUGAUUUGAUUGAGCUAGCCAAAGAAAAGAACCAACUUGAUCAAAAACUUGUUUCAAAUACUCAUACCUUCAAAGACGUCCUGAUAUACUGUAAAAGAACAAUUGAAAAACAAGAUGAACAGGUAAGUUUAAACUUGAUUUUUACCGUCAUAAAGCUGUAUAUAUCCGAUGCCAUUUCCAGAUUGAACGCCUAGACGAAACAAUAUUCAGUAAUGAAAAAUUAUUUGAAGAAAAACUGGUAAAAGAACGUUUGAAAGCUCAAGAAGAAAUGGAAGAACUAAAACUUUCAGUCGAUCGACUGAAUUCGGAAAAUUUGUUGAUGAAGACACAGCUGAGUAAUUUGGAACAAAUGGAUUUGGAACUGAAAGAGAUGAGACAAACUGUAGAAGACCUGAGGAAAGAAUUAGAUGAAAAGAACGAAAAAAUUGGGAAGCGAGAGCUGAAGGAGCGGGAGUUGGUGAUCAUUACUACUGAAAAGUAUGAAUGUUUUUGAUGAUUCUAGUACAUUUAUACACUUUUUAUUGUAAAAUAAUUUGUUCAAAUAAUUCUGCGUUCCCUCAAAGCAAAUUUUUGGGGCUAGGGGGCACAGAAAAAAAAAGUUUAAUACUAUGCCUAAUCUUGGCAUAUGUUGUUUAAAAAUUUAUUUUUUAAUGUAUAUCUAACGUUUUUAAGGUAAUGUUAUGUCAAAAAUAUUGCUUUAGAGUACGAAAAGAAUUAGAGAAAGAAUUUGAAGAAGAAAUAACAAAAGUAAAACGAGAAAUGAGAAUUCAAAACAUGGCUCAUAUGGAAGCAAAUCAACAUGUAAGUUCAUACUUGACUAUCCCUUACCUACAGACCUUACUGUUUUUAACUUAACUUUUCACGUCCCACUUUACUAAGCUAUUUAUCUUGCUUUACAUGACUUCUAUUCUACCCUACUUGACUAUAUUCCACACAAAAUUUAACAUAAAGCCCAUUUCAGCUAGUCAAAAAAGCCAAGUCCGACCUGAAGAAGGUAGAGCAAGAACGUGACACUCUUUUAAACUCAAGACGCAAGUUUGAAGCCGAUAUGGAGGUAAUGAAGGCUGAUGUGAGGAAGAUAAACCAAGAGAAGAAAAGGGUUGAUGUCAUAUUGAACAACUUUAAUAAAGAAGCUGAAAGAAAGCUAAGACAAUGUGAAGAAAGGCUAGCUGAUUGUGAAGAGUUGAGACUUCGAGAUGCUCAGGAAAGUGAGGACAAAGUGGCCAAGUUGAACAAGGAGGUAAGGCAAUAUGUACAAAUGAAAAAUUGGUAAUCUCGUGUUGUGUCACCUCCGGAAUGGAACACUUUCCCAUGUUGCGUUAAACAAAUAGUGUUAUUUUCAGUUGGACGAACUGAAAAUGUCGUCAGAUGAACGAGAAAUCGAAUUCAAGAAAAUGAAGGAUCAAUUAGAAACAGAAACGGUAAGUUCUUGAUGUUAAUAUUUACUGAUUUUGCUAUUUUUAAUCUUCAGAGUAACCGAAUUGAAAUGGCGUGGAAGUUGACACAUCAAAACCAGAAGAUAACGAACCUAAAAGACUUUUUGAAUACUGUCUUGGAUACCAACAACGACAACUACAUCGACUUGAUAAUGGGCGAAAACAGAACGGCCGUCUUCGGAAAGUUGAGUAUUAUGGUCAAUGCUAUUCCUGUUUUAUCUGUUUGA